AUGCAUAAACAGCGGCUUAAGACCACCUUACAGACCUUGGACAAAGAAAUGCCAAGAACUGAAGAUAGGUAUGUCACUCCAUAAGAUACAUCUGCACCGAUGGCCAUCAGUAAGAACUUAGAGAGUUUUAGACAACAAUUGUGCAUGAUUGUGCCUUUUGGGCCAAUUUUCUUUACAUGUACAUCCAAAACAACAGAUACUUUUAUGUUCACUGAACUUUAUUGCAGGAAUUUAAUUUUUAGGUUUUCUUUUUACACGAGAAAUGUCAAAAACUUGUCAACACUUUGCUAUUAUAAUUUCUAUAAUUAUAAAUGUUGUUAUGUAAAAAAAAUUUUGGCCACCAAAUAAUAGCAUUUAACUGGUCUGUGUAUAUUCUACAAAGCGAAUCUAAUAAAACAAAGAGCUUGUGAAUUGUGAAUGUGUAAGAUACAAUUAGUUACUAACUAAUAAGUACACGUAUGGUCACAUGUACAUAACAACUCACUUUAGUGAACCAAAUGAAGCAUGCUUAAAAAGAUAUUCCUUUUAAUGAUAAAAAUGCACUUAACCCACCAAGUAAAGGAACCGAUCUUCUUUUGAUUUAUUCCAUAGCAUUAGCAACCGUCUGCAACUUGCCAAAGAAAUGCACAUUGAAAGACUCAUGAAAAAGAAUAAGGUGGGUAGUAUGCAAAGGUCUCCACUGUUACAAUCAGAAUGCUCAAUAAUUGCAUUCUGCUCAUCAUCUAAUCAGAUAAUAAUACUACAGUCAACUCUCUCUAAGAUGGACACUUAUGGGAUGGGCACUAAGUGUUCGUCUUAUAGAGAGCCAAAUAAAGGGAGUAAAAAAAGGCAGGGACGAACUCUAGGUGUCCAUUUUACAGAGGUGUCCGUCUUAUAGAGAGUCAAAUUAAGGGAGUAAAGAAAGGAAGAGACCAACUCUAGGUGUCCAUUUGACAGAGGUGUCCGUCUUAUAGAGAGUCAAAUAAAGGGAGUAAAGAAAGGCAGGGACCAACUCUAGGUGUCCGUUUGACAGAGGUGUCCGUCUUAUAGAGAGUCAAAUAAAGGGAGUAAAGAAAGGCGGGGACCAACUCUAGGUGUCCAUUUUACAGAGGUGUCCGUCUUAUAGAGAGUCAAAUAAAGGGAGUAAAGAAAGGCAGGGACCAACUCUAGGUGUCCGUUUUACAGAAGUGUCCGUCUUAUAGAGAGUCAAAUAAAGGGAGUAAAGAAAGGCAGGGACCAACUCUAGGUGUCCAUUUUACAGAGGUGUCCAUUUUGUAGAGAGUCAAUUAAAGGGAGUAAAGAAAAGAAGGGACCAACUCUAGGUGUCCAUUUUACAGAAGUGUCCAUAAUAAAGAGGUGUCUUUUAAGCAUUAUCUUAGGGUUAUCAGGGCUGUCAUUUAGAGCCAGGGGUGGGGCAUUUUCCCCGGCUACUAUGAACGUGGCCCUGACUACCUUCAUAGGAAAAUAGAACCAAAGCAAAUCCCUAGCUGUUUGAUUCCCCGUCUACUGUUUGUAUCUACCCGGCAACUUGAAAUCUUAGUCUUUACGCAAAAGUUCUGCCAAACUCACCCACCCAGUACUCUACCUCUUUAUCCCUACUGGGACAUAAGACCUUGAUCAAGUGUUGCCACUCAAUCCUGUUCGGAGCCAUGGCCUGUGCUUCACCCCACAUUAGACCCAUCUCCUCCAGCUCUUUCAUCACUUUUCUCUACCAUGUAGUUUUUGGCUGGCCCCUUUUCCCCCUCCCAGUUGGAGUCCAUCUCAUGGGCAUCCUGUUGCUGGGCAUGCUUAGAACAUAACCAAGCCAUCACAGCCUGUGACUCUUAAUAGGCUGAUUUAGCAACAGAACAGGAGUGUCAGUUGAUGACGGAAAAGUGUACGAAAAGGACCGAAUGCAACUGACAGUGCCCAAUUUCCCACUCUGCCGUUAGUUAAGCCAGUUGUUUCAUUUGUGCGUGCUGUUGUCAACUGACAUUCCCGAUCUGUUGCCAAAUCAGCCUAAUACAUGUAUUUUGAGAGACUGUACCAUACUGUCCCGCUUUUUAUACAGCUCGUCAUUAGUGAUCUUGAAAGUUCUGCAAAAGAGGUUUCAUUGUUUUGAAUGGCAAAACCAUUUGUCCGCAGACUGAAUAAUGUUACUGUUUUGUAGAGUGACAAAUAAUCUGGCGAUAACUUGGUGGAUGAGUGAAAAGGUUAAUCAGGAAUGGGUUGCAUCUCAUUGGAAUUUAUUGAAAUCUCCCUGGUAGACUUACCGGUAUUCAAAUGCACAGGCAUAGUUUUGAUUGUGUCGUUACUUCUUUGUUUAGCCAAAAGUUCAAAGGUACCUUGGAACAUACAUUCACUAGGAAUUUUAGUUAGAAAUAGCUGACUGUUACCUGAAUUCUUUGCAGAGCUAACUUGCCAGCUCUCUGUAUGUACAUGUACCAAGAGAGAAUUAUAUUCACUGCUUGAUUUCCAUGAUUGAAGUUACCAGCCUAACCAAGAAUCUUCUUUCCUACUUAUUGUUUGGUCAGGAAUUACCAGAACCAUUUCGCACCAUGCUAGAGGUCAUGGUUCAGUUUAUGAAAAAUCGAGACGUUCAAAGUGGCUCAACAUCUGUUGGAGCAGAUAAGUCAAGUCAAAAGUCAAAGCAAACAAGGUAUUAAUAAUACUGCUGCAAGAGCUGUUUGUACAACAAAUGAAUAAUUGAAAAUGGUUCCUCCCAGAUAAAAUUGGUACCACACAAAUUCAAAACAUUUCAGUACCACUUUUGAGGAGUGGGGGCAUGAACAGCCCAGGGAGGCUCUGCCCAAAGGGGUACCUUUUUCAGGCUUCUGGGUUGUAUAUGAAAGGGCAGGGAAUUUACUGGUUGAAGUUAGUAUAUAUAUAUAUAUGUCAAAUCAGUCUGUAAAAGGACUUAAAAGGCUAACAGAUGCAUCUUGGGCCUGUUGAAAUGACAAGAAAACUUCCUGGUUUAGUGAUUUAUUCACAAAGACAGUACAUUUACAGUACUCAAAAGAAAUGCAUGCUUUUUGACCUUAUCACCAUGUAGGUAUGUGAAAAAGGUUGGGAAAAGGUACCUUUUCUAGCUUGGACCUCAGGGCAGAACCUCCCUGUGCAAUGUACAUGCACAUAUCUUCAUUGAGUGCCCUCAUCCCCCUCCCGGGUAUUCAGUCAACUCUUGAAUUUUGUCUGUUGAGGCACUCCUUUCAGUGAGUUCCAUGUACAUGUACUUCAAUGGUAUGGGCACCUUUCAAUGUAAACUGACAUCGAUGUAUGUACAUGUAUAUAAAGUUGACUCCCUCCAGUCUUCUCUUAAGUUCUUUUUAAGAAUAUUGAUGGCCUCUUAGUACUCUCUGGUGUUCACCUACACUGUACUAUGUAAGAGAGAGUCCAUUUGUUAAGUAUUACAAUGUAUGUGUAACAACUAAAGUGCAUUGGUAACUUCAUUUGGUGCAUUUGACUGUCAGGGAAAGAAAAAAAGAAUCCAGUACCAGGACAACUGCACAACCAUCAAAUAAUGAUCUCAUCGAUAACAUGGACAAACUGGAUGAAAAAAAUGACAGAAAAGACUAUGACGAUCUAUGGAAACGCCUGGAGAAACCGUCAAGCAAAGUUCACGGCUCUCCAACAGGCAUAAAGUUCGCUAAUGACGCCAGUAAGAUGCAAGUCAGUACACAGAAAGAUGAUUUGCAUAAAGGAGGAGGUACAGAUGCAAGUGAUGUUGGUGGAUUGCUACAUGUACAAUCAGGGAGCGUGGGGCCAACUGUGUCGUUGUCGGAUCAAAUGGCGUUGAAACAGAAAAGUAAACGGAGACUUAAUAGCAGUAUUGGUGGGCCUGUUAUUAGUUCUGGGCUUGGUGCUAAAAGAGACUCAAGACCUCGUCAUAGUACUGGGAGGCUUAGUGGAAGUUUAACAGCAAAAAACAUUGGAAGCUUGUUUGGAGAUGAUGAGGACAGUAAAGAAUUGAGUAGUGUACAUGUACAUGUAUCUACUCCAAAUCAGGGUCCAUUGGUUAACAAAGUAAGGAGUUUUUUGCAGUGUAUUUCUGAUGCGGUAUAUGUGCAUCAUUAGCGACCGUUCGUUUGUUAUGAGAUGGAAGGGUGGGGGGGUUGGGAUUUGAGGGGGACCGUGAAAAAAUAUGGCUUUAAAGGGAGGUUCAGGAGAAAAAUAUUGGGUUUGAAGUGUUUUUUUGUGGAGGGCGGUCACCUAUAAAACCCUUUAAGUUUUUGGAUACUAGAUCAGGGCUGUUAUUAAGAGCCGGGGGCAGGGAAUUUCCCCCGGCUACUAUGAACGUAGCCCCUGGUUACUUCCAUAUUAAAACAGAAGACAAAUAAAACCAAAAGAAAUCCCUAGCCGUUCGAUUCCCCGCCUACUUGUUGUAUCACAGGGAGCCCACACAAUCUGUUUGUGUAGCCGAUUGUUAUUUUUAUAGUAAAUGUACUGGAUUUACCGUUCGCUUCACCUAUAGCGAUAUAUCGCUAACUAUGUAUAUAAAUCAAUGAUAAAUAAACGUUGAAUUACUUUACCUGUGGUAUAUAGUCGUCGUUUUACCUCAAAAGCGGUUUUUUGAGCGAUUUUGAAGGAGUUUGAUUUCGCCGUUGACUGUUCCUUAUAAUAGAAGGACAAGGGUGGAAUCGAUGUUUUGAAAAGGGCUCCAGUGCCGGGCGAUUUUCCUCAAAUCGCAUUGCUCGCUUUUCAAACUCCAUGCAAAAAUUAGAAAGAUUCACGUUUCUCCUCGUACCUUCGAUCGAAAAUCAUCCAAACAGCCCAGACUGGCCGUCGAAGAAAAUUAAAAUCCCACAGUAUUUGAGCGGCUGGAAUGCGUAGCAAGAUUCCUACGGCAGCCACAAACCGUUCCGCUGAUUGCCUUUUUUUUUUGUUGGAUGUCGUUAACCAAAUGGUUAAAUAAUAGCUGAUGAAGAGACUUGGUAGCGUUUGUUUGUUUGGCGACAUCCAAUCAAAAGAAGACAGUCAGCCAGACCACCACGGCUGGCACAUAUGGGUCUUGCUGCGCAUUCUCGCUCGAGUACUGUGGGACUGGUACUAUUCGAGCCUUCGUUGUGAAUCUUCGAUCUUUGCUACGGGUUUGAGCGGGCGAUGCGGAAAAUCGCUCCGGCGCAAGGAUUCACCCGCUAUAGAACGAUCGCUCGCUUCAAAAUCGCUCAGCUGGUAAAACGACGGGUAUUUCGUGUUUAUUAUCGAUGGUUAGCGUGUGACAUAUCGCUACGGGUGAACCCAACGGUAAAGCCGGGCAUUUGCUAUGGGGAAUUUCAAUCGGCUACCUAACGGGCUCCCUGUGGUUGUGUUACCAGCAACGAAAUCUUGGUGACAGCUUCUGCUAGAUGGACCCCCCACCCCCAAAAAAAAUUCUAAUGAAGAGGGGGGUCAUCAUAUACUACAGGAGCUACCCGUCAAAUUCCACCAGCUCCUCCCUUCCUUACAAGGACGCUUAAGCAAAGGCAUUUCCAAGCAACACACGUCAACCAGUCAAGGCCUUUUUACAUUAUUGGACAGUGGGUUUGCCCAAAUUUUCAGGCAAAUUAAGAAACUAAGCAAUUCAAGUUUUGUAGCUUUCAGGCAUGUUAAAAGUGUCAAUGCCUCACUUCAGUUAGAUGGCGUCGCUCAAGAACGCCUCUGUUUAAGCUCCCUAUUCUGACGAGAGACACCCCUGAUUGACCCCUUAAAGUAUUUAUAGUUGGGGGAAUUUUUUUGCAGAUCAAAGCAUUUUUCCUUAAUUUGGCUGACCAUUUCAUUGAUUCUCAUUGCCUUUUCUUAUGCUUUUUAAUGAUAUUGUUCGGAGAAAAUAGCCUGCCAGCAAGCUCUCCAAGGUGCUCUGGCGGCGGGGCGAAAAGUUUAAGGAGUGUUUCCAUCUUUGAACACAAUUUCUUGACUCUAGUUCCUCAAUACUCGCCCUGCGUAUGGUUGAGCUGGCAGGACUUGGCGCGCGUGACCGAGUAAUUUCCAUGGAUGUUUCUAUUUGUUGUUGCCUUGGCUGUAUAAUGUCGCGAUAAGAAAGGGAUGAGUUGCGCUUGUAUGGGUGGGCUGAUUGGUUGAUUCACCACCCUGAUUCUGCCAGUGUACGUAUAGGCUAGACUUGCCUAGAGUCGACCUCACGAGUUUCUAAACGAGCGACGAAGUUGUGAGGGUCUUGGACGAAGGAAUUUUUGAAAGUUUACGUAUAGGUACCCUGCGAACUGGGGUUUCUGUCUUGAAUGGCUUUAGCGUUUCCAGUCGCCGGUUCUCGUUGGCUUGUCUGUCGUGUGGUUAGUUUCUUUCGCGUGGAGACGUACCGAACUAACUACGCGACAGACCAAACACCUGUGUUUAAGCGCUAAAAAGCCUGUCUGAAGGAACCUCUGUUCGCAAGGUAACCUCGUUACCUGAAUACUUACUAGGUAUCGGGUUUUUUUAACCCAAAGGAAUGUGCCUAAGACGUUUUUAGUAUAAUGUCGACCUGGAAAUGAGUUCUCCGUCGUUUGGGUCAAGAAAUAUCUUCCAUUUGUACAAUAGUGGCCUUAUUUUCCCUUUUCGGCAGACUGAUGAACUACAAUACGCAGGAUGUUCCUUUUGACCGAAGGAAAACGCUUAUAGACCGUGAGUAUCACUCUAAAAUUAUCUGACUCUAUUUUUUCUUUUAAAUAAUUUGGGAGACAAAUAAUAAUUACCUGCAUGCAGUAUACUUCGCGUUUAACGUGCUUUGCUUAAAAACGUUGUGUGCUCAAAAAUUAUAUCAGUAAGGAUGAUGUUGCUGUAUACUGUUUAUUUCUAUUUUUCAUUUUCAGGAAGAUAUUUCAAUAAACAUCACAGAAGAAACACAUCUAAUGAAAUCUCAGGUAGCUAUAAGUUAAAUGAUGUUCUCAGUACUGGCGUUCUAGGAAUCAAGGUCUCCCUCUGUCUCUUCAAGUCAUCUAGAUUUUCCAACGUUUUGUUUUCCUACUUGAAACGACCUGUCACCAGUACAUUGAGGAAUCAGAAGGUAAUACUAUGAUUAUUGAACAGUAGAUGAACAGUCGAACCUCCACUUGGAGGUUAUAGCAAUUACCAAAGUCAUUAACCACUUUUUUUUUUUUGUUUUGCCAAGGCUAAAAAGUAGCGAUCUGGUGUUUGAAGAUAUUGACGACGACCUAGAUCAAGAACUUGGUCAUAACCUUAGGUAUCUGGUAGAUCUAUAAAUCGAACCUCCAUGUGCGACCAUCUCAUCGUAAGCGAUCACCUCCGCCAAACGACCGCCAAUCCAAAACAAUAAAUUUUUCCCAGUGAAAAGCCUUACAGCUGGAACCUCUAGUAAACGACCACCUCGGUCCUCCUAUAAGCGACCGCGACCACUUUUUAUUGCCUGACUGUCAAUGAUUUUCCAUUGGUUUUAACCUCUUGUAAGCGACCACAGUUGACGUAUUCUCUGAUCUCUAGGUUCGCUGUGUCCACUAUGCUUCUUACAAUGUAAAGAACUUUGGUGACAACGUGGAACUACAAAUGCAUUAUCUUCCAUAAAGUAGAUGUGUCUGGACCUCUUCUCGGAAGAGAGGCUCCCUGUGGUUCGAUUCUUGUAAACGACCCCCUCCGUAAGCGACCACUCAUUCUUUUCAUGUUGGGUGGUCGCUUACGGGUUCUAACUCGUGUAAAUAUGAUGGUCUAAAGCUGUUUAAUCCACUGUAAAUCGAUUCACCUCGAAGACCAACUGGAUAAACCUCGAUUUGUCCAUUGUCAGUGUAAGACCUAUAAAGGACGGUUUAUCGACUCCAAAUACUCUAGCUCUAUUCUCCUCUCGUGUUCAGCUGCUGGUAACACCAUACGGUCAAAUCCCGCUACGGACACCUUUUGAUUAGGACGCCUUAUUAUUUCCGAAUAGUUUGCUUUGUCCUGGCCUGGGGAAGGGCCCGCACAUUUUCUCUAACUUCAACCCGCUUUAUACGCGACACCCCGUUAAUACGGACACUUUCUCGGUAUCCGUGACGAAUGGGUUUGACUGAAAAGUAUAUUCCCAGGAAAAGAAGUUAUAGCAACACAAACAAGUAAAUCGUUAAGAUCUCCCGCCAAAAUGGACCGUAAACAAAACAAACAAACCAAAAAAUAGCUCCGUAUGUGAACCUAUGGCGCGGAGCUUGAACACAUAACUCAGGAAUAACAGCCUCUUACAGGCCAGUUCGCGCUAUCCGAGUUACCAGAGGAGGCUUGUAACCGAGCGCGAUAGCGGGAGGCGUCCUCGGCGAAUUUUCCCGACAAGCUUGACAGUUGACGUCAUAUCCGAAAUCGCCAAGGACGACUGGGAACGAGGCUGGGCUCUAACCUCUCUGCCACGGUUCCUCCGAAUGUAGGACUAACGUACUUCUGCACUUAGAGUUUGGUUAAUUGAAAGCUGCUAUAAGAAAAUGUUUUAAGUUUACUCAUAUUUUAGGUCCAAAGAAAAUUACGCAAGUUGAUGUCCAAAACAAACCUAUCACUUUGGAAACAGCAAUGGUAGGUGCAAUCUUAUGGCCUUGAAAUUUACAUGUAACUAGCGAAAACGUCUUGUGAUUCUUUCUGUAUGUUAUUGUAUUCUUUUUCUUCUUGUAAUAUGUUGAACUUUACAUCACCUAUGCGUAAUGUUUUAUUCCCCUAGAUUAGCUUAAUAGCUAUUUGCGGGCUAUACAACACUGUAAAACUUUAUCUUUUUUAAUAACUGAACUGUUGUCGUUUUAACAUUGCUGUUGCUAUGCAUAGAAAAGGCCGUUUCAUCCUUUUUGUAAUUACCAUUUGAAGUCAAUCUUAUCAAGACAAGGACUUUGUUGUAAUGCUUUCCCCUUAGCCUAUUACAGGCUACGCCCCCCAAGUCAUUAUCGUCGCAAGCGACUCCUAAAAGAGAACGCCUGAUCAUGCUGACUCACUUGAUUUAGGCAAUAUCCUGAGUAUCUAGUCGCCUAUUUACUGAUGCAUGUGUUGAUCACAUUAGGGCUUGAAGAAUCUUAUAUUUGGAAAUGCCAAGUCGAGCUUUACACCAGAAUGGAGAAAUCAAAGCUUUUCAUUCUGUGACUUAUAUGCACUGGAAUAUGGAAUUGUACAACUAAAGGUAAGGUCAAAUUAAUGCGAAUAUUUCGCCUGAAUCUCUCGGAUGAAAGGGCAAUUGUUUGAACUAUAGAACGGUGACCAGUGGUCCAAGGUGCGACCGUUGUGGUUGCCAUGGUGAUUAAAAAACAAAAGUUGCGAUUAAAAGUGCAGCGAAAGUCGACAGUUGGGUACACACCUGUUUUAGGCGGUAAUGCGGCUAAGCCGUUGCUUUUUCAAUAAGUAAGUUUUUAGUGAGAUAACAUUUGCGUGAAAUAGUUAUCAGUUACGCUCCUUGCGACCAUUAUAUGAUUUUAGGUUGCAAAAAGGCAACUCUGUAGCACUGAAACUCUUCAGAUUUUAAAACAAAUGAAUAAAAUAUUAGUUAAUUAAAGGAACCCUAGAGUGAUCAGCCUUAAAGUUCUCCUUGUAGUAUCUUUGCUUUAUAAAACAUAGUGAUUAGAUUAUAAUAUUAGGGGUUAUCGUUGUUGUUGUUGUUGUUUUUUCAGGGUGGACCUUGUGGAGUGCUGGCUGCUGUACAGGCGUUUGUCCUCAAGCAUUUGCUGUUUGGCGGAAAGAAAGGGGACUCUAAAAAGUACAUUGUGUUUCAGAUACAAGAGUACGGUGGCCCAGAAGGGUCACACAUGCAAAUUAAAAAUGUUGCUGCAAAUUAAAAAUAGGACAUGCAAACUAAAAAUAUUACAAACAUGAAACAUGAAUGGGCCGACGGCUGUAAGGCCAGGUCGCACGGCUCGGACCAGAUCCUCAUCACUCCUACUGCGCGCAGGACUUUUCAUUUUUAAUUUGCGUCGAUAUGUUUUCUAUUUUCAAUUUGCAGCACAAUUUUUUUAGUUUGCAUGUACUAUAAUUUAAUUUGCAGGUAAUAUUUUUAGUUUGCAUGUACAAUUUUUAAUUUGCAGCAACAUUUUUAAUUUGCAUGUGUGACCCUUCUGGCCCACCGUACAAGAGUAUAUGAUGUUUACUCAUUUUUUUUUUCUCUAGGAUAUCUUUAAAUACCAGGAAAAUGUCUAUUGGUUUGAUGAUUUAGUUUAGAUUGUAAAUAAUCAUUUUCAGUUGUCGUCCCUUUUUCUUGCAAUAUUCUGUACCAUUGACGUCAUUUCAAAUGGACUGAGCGCGGCUGCCAAUGGCGCCUUUGUGUGCUGAUGUCCGAGCUUACUGUUCACAUGUUAAAAUAUAUUGUAAGAGGGCACGUCUGUUGUCCUCUCAUCCACGACUCUUCAUUCAUUCGUUUGUUUUAACGGAUAUCGCAAGCAUCUUCCAGAGUUGGUCAACGCUAGCUGGUUAUGAAGAAUAUUAAGGUGUUUCGAUACAGUUUUUCAGAGGCCAUACCGAUAUUUUUCAAUCGCCUUAUAAGUGUUUUUUUCCUCGUCCAAUCGCUAUAAUAAUUGCCUAUGGAUUGAAAUGUGUGAAAAUGUAGUUUUAAGUAAAAUCGAUAUUACUAUGACAACAAUAAACAAAAAACUUUGAAAUUGGUAAAAGCCGAAUUUUGUGUGAUGUAGACCAGCUACUGAAAAUCCAACACUAGGAACUUAAAGUUUGGUGUCUAGCGAACGAUCUCCUUAAGAAGUAGAAAAUUCUGUAUGUUUGAAUUCGACUAAAACGAAAAUAUAUGUCAAACCUUAAAUUUUCAAUAGCCGUGAUAGAUUAUUUAAUAAAAACGUUAUAAAUGAUUCAAAUUAUUCUUAAGUAGCGUCAGAAUGCGCUUAAUAUAGUAUUUUGAUACUAGGAAAUUUUGGCGUAUUUUUGUUCUUGCGAUCUUGAAAACUAAGACGUUUUCUCACCACCUGUCUAAGUGCAACUUCAUUCAAAAUUUGGACUUUUCGUGCUUUUUUUGUAUAUCUCUGAAACGACUCGAACGAAUUUUUUAAAAUCUCCUCUCAUAAUCUUCAUAAUGUAUAUAAUAACGUCUGAAACUUUCAUUAAGAUUGAUUCACUGCAACACCUUGAAAUUUCAAGACAAACCUAUCCCACGAAUCGGUCAAAAAUCUGCGUUACAACAGUCACUGUUUUGACGUUAUGCUAAUUUUUCCAAAGUAAUGCGCACUAUACAUACCUAAAUGACCAGUACAUUUUAGUUUGAAUUUAUCGCAUCUUUCGAAUGUAAAACAUUGAAAAUAGUCACACUGAAAUAUACUAGUCAUGGAUAUAUGUAUACACCGUAUUCACAAAUGGCGGACACGCGGGAAAAAAACUGGUGCCUAGUCAUGAAAGCGAGGCGUUGGAGGGUAAACAAAAAUUGCAAAUGAAGACUUUCAGUGAACUUGCAGAGUGUUUAGCACGGAUUCCACCUAAAAUAACUUUGUACGGACUUCUUUUUAAAUACAAUUACGAGGGAUCUCUUCUACUUUUAAUGUUUAGUAUUGAUUUGCUGUUUGCAAUCAAAAGGGACGCGUAUAUCUUCAAGGAAACAGGAUGAUUUUGUAGGUUUCCGAAGCAUCAGAAGCUCGACAAGUACAGUGGACGAUGACUGGAGAAAAGCGGCAAACAUGUUGGCCCAAACUUCACAUUGAAACCGAGUUCGAAAGCCAGCUCACUGCAAUUCGGUAAAACAAAAAUAUAAACAAUGCAAAUCUUGGCGGCAAGAAAAAAAGAAAUAAGCGAUGGAUAUAUGGCCUACUCGUUAACGCAAGAGACGUGUGCUAUUGAACAAAACAGUUCAAAUCGAGAUGGAAAAAAAGGAAGACAGGAAAGAAGCGGUGACUGAGGUUUUGAUGAAGUCAUGUUUUGUGUUUAUUUGCCAGGACGUUAUUCUCUGGUCUUUAUCGAUGAAGGACAUCAAUUAGAACUAUCUUUUUGGUAUAAAUGCAGGAGCGAUCGAGUGGAGUACGCUCAAAAUUUCAACUUGUUACUCGACAGACUCGGUAAGCCGGCCACAUUUCAUUUCAGCGAGUAAUUUUCCUAUUUCUUAUCUUUGGCUGUUAAGAGUUUUAACUUCAUGUUCCAUAAUAUUUUAAAAGUGAAGAAUACAUAAAUAAAUAAAAUGAUGGUCUUCUUAAACGGAUCCAGACUCGCAUUUAAUGAUUCGAAACAGAAGCUUGCCGUGUUCAGUCCUGACACAAACAUUGCCUUAAAAGUUUAACCUAGUAAAAUGUGAGCUUUAUACCACUUUUUUACCAAGAGCUCUCCGAGAUAAUGCCGUAAAGGAGACCAGGCAAAUAGCAAGCCAUAAGAUUCACACACUAGAGCUUCUAGUUUUGAUAAAAUUAUUUUAUUUCGCAAUGACAAAGAAAUCAAAAGAUUUUAAAUUUGCACUGAAUUUGCUAAGCUCUGCCAACGUACCUCUAACAAUUCACUCCAAAGCGACGGAAUUAAUAUCAUCCAAAGGAAGUUGUAAAUACAGACAUACAUAGAUAUGUGUAAAAUGACACUGACAUGAAUGAAUGAGUCUCGUGAAUGAAUCUUUCACCCGCUCUCGACUUGACCUGUUUUGAGUAAUGGCGGAGGUCUCUUCCGUUGACAAGUAGGCCAUAUAUCCGUCGCUUAUUUCUUUUUUUUUUUCUUGCCACCAUCUGUUUUUACUUCUGUUUUACAGAAUUGCAGUGAGCUGGCUUUCGUAUUCGGUUUCAGCGUGAAGUUUGGGCCAACAUGUUUGCCGCUUUUCUCCAGCCAUCACCCACUUGUCGAGCUUCUGAGGCUUCGGCAACCUACAAAAUCAUCAUGUUUCCUUGAAGAUAUACGCGUCCCUUUUGAUUGCAAACAGCAAAUCAGUGCUAAACGUUAAAAGCAGAAGAUGUCCCAAGUCAUUGUAUUUAAAAAGACGUCCAUACAAAGUUAUUUUAGGUGGAAUCCGUGCUAAACACUCUGCAAGUUCACUGGAAGUCUUCAUUUGCAAUUUUUGUUUACCCUCCAACGCCUCGCUUUCAUGACUAGGCACCAGUUUUUUCCCGCGUGUCCGCCAUUUGUGAAUACGGUGUAUUGUCCGCAUUAAUUUCCUUCUCACGGAGGUUAUUUGCUAAACUUCAACUUUUUUUUUUGCUAGUGUUGAAUUUUCAGUAGCUGGCCUAGAUCGCGCAAAAUUAGGCGUUUAUCAAUUUCAAAGUUUUUUGUUUACUGUUGUCAUAGUAAUAUCGAUUUUACUAAAACCCACAUUUUGACAAAUUUCAAUCUAUAGUCAACCACUGAUGAAAAUUUUAUAGCGAUCAUACAAGGAUAAAAUCACUUUUAAAGUGAUUGAAAAAAAUCAGUAUGGCCUCUGAAAAACUAUAUCGAAACACUUUAAAGAUGAGGGAUUUGAGCCAAUCAGAAACGGAGAAAUUAAAUGGCGAUAAUAAAUUUUUUCCCAUUACCCUUGUCCUUGUCAAAGCAUUUUUCCUUAAUUUGGCUGACCAUUUCAUUGAUUCUCAUUGCCUUUUCUUAUGCUUUUUAAUGAUAUUGUUCGGAGAAAAUAGCCUGCCAGCAAGCUCUCCAAGGUGCUCUGGCGGCGGGGCGAAAAGUUUAAGGAGUGUUUCCAUCUUUGAACUUUAAUUUCUUGACUCUAGUUCCUCAAUACUCGCCUGCGUGGUUGAGCUGGCGGGACUUGGCGCGCGUGACCGAGUAAUUCCAUGGAUGUUUCUAUUUGUUGUUGCCUUGGCUGUAUAAUGUCGCGAUAAGAAAGGGGAUGAGUUGCGCUCGUAUGAGGUGGGCUGAUUGGUGCCAAUUCACCACCCUGAUUCUGCCAGUGUACGUAUAGGCUAGACUUGCCACAAGUCGACCUCACGAGUUUCUAAACGAGCGACGAAGUUGUGAGAGGUCUUGGACGAAGGAAUUUUUUGAAAGUUUACGUAUAGGUACCCUGCGAACUGAGGUUUCUGUCUUGAAUGGCUUUUAGCGUUUCCGGAGUCGCCGGUUCUCGUGGCUUGUCUGUCGUGUGGUUAGUUUCUUUCGCCCCGUGAGACGUACACAAACUAACUACGCGACAGACAAGCCACGCGAACGACUUUGCAAACGCUAAAAGCCAUGCAUGAGAGAGACCUCUGUUCGCAGGGUAGCUAUAGGUUACCUGAAUACUUACUAGAGUAUCGGGUUUUUAACCCAAAGGAAUGUGCCUAAGACGUUUUUAGUAUAAUGUCGACCUCUGGAAAUGAGUUCUCCGUCGUUUGAGUCAAGAAAUGUCUUCCAUUUGUACAAUAGUGGCCUUAUUUUCCCUUUUCGGCAGACUGAUGAACUUCACAAUACGCAGGAUGUUCCUUUUGACCGAAAGGGAAGAGAAAAACAUAGACCGUGAGUAUCACUCUAAAAAUUAUCGACUCCUAUUUUUUUCUUUUAAAUAAUUUGGGAGACAGAAAUAAUAAUUACCUGCAUAGAGUAUACUUCGCGUUUAACAUUAUUUGUGCUUAAAACGUUGUGUGCUCAAAAAUUAUAUCAGUAAGGAUGAUGUUGCUGUAUACUGUUUAUUUCUAUUUUUCAUUUUUUCAGGGAAGAUAUUUCAGCUAAACAUCACAGAAGAAACACAUCUAAUGAAAUCUCAAGGUAGCUAUAAGUUAAAUGAUGUUCUCAGUACUGGCGUUCUAGAAUCAGGUCUCCCUCUGUCUCUUCAAGUCAUCUAGAUUUUCAACGUUUUGUUUUUUCCUACUUAGAAACGAGCCUGUCACCAGUACAUUGAGGAAUCAGAAGGUAAUACUAUGAUUAUUGAACAGUAGAUGAACAGUCGAACCUCCACUUGGAGGUUAUAGCAAUUGCACCAAAGUCAUUAACCACUUUUUUUUUUGUUUACUUAAGGCUAAAAGUAGCGAUCUGGUGUUUGAAGAUAUUGACGACGACCUAGAUCAAGAACUUGGUCACUUAACCUUAGGUAUGGUAGAUCUAUACAGUCGAACCUCCAUGUGCGACCAUCUCUCGUAAGCGAUCACCUCCCAUAAACGACCGCCAAUCCAAAACAAUAAAAUUUUCCCAGUGAAAGCCUUACAGCUGGAACCUCUAGUAAACGACCACCUCGGUCCUCCUAUAAGCGACCGCGACCACUUUUUGUGCCUGACUGUCAAUGAUUUUCCAUUGGUUUUAACCUCUUGUAAGCGACCACAGUUGACGUAUUCUCUGAUCUCUAGGUUCGCUGUGUCCACUAUGCUUCUUACAAUAUACAAAGAACUUUAGUGACAACGUGGAACUACAAAUGCCGUAAUUAUCUUCCAUAAAGUAGAUGUGUCUGGACCUCUUCUCGGAAGAGGCUCCCUGUGGUUCGAUUCUUGUAAACGACCCCCUUCCGUAAGCGACCACUCAUUCUUUUCAUGUUGGGUGGUCGCUUACGGGAGGUUCGACUGUACGUGUAAAUAUGAUGGUCUGAAAGCUGUUUAAUCCGACUGUAAAUCGAUUCACCUCGGGGAACCAGCUGGAUAAACCUCGAUUUGUCCAUUGUCAGUGUAAGACCUAUAAAAGGACGGUUUAUCGACUCCAAAAUACUCUAGCUCUAGCUACUCUCGUGUUCAGCUGCUGGUAACACCAUACGGUCAAAUCCCGCUUUACGGACACCUUUUUGAUUAGGACGCCUUAUUAUUUCGAAUAGUUUGCUUUGUCCCUGGCCUGGGGAAAGAUAGCCCUUACAUUUUCUCUAACUUCAACCCACUUUAUACGCGACACCCCGUUAAUACGGACACUUUCUCGGUAUCCGUGUUAAUCGGGUUUGACUGUAAAGUAUAUUCCCAGGGAAAGAAGUUAUAGCAACACAGAAACAAGUAAAUCGUUAAGAUCUCCCGCCAAGAAAUGGACCCGUAAACAAAAACAAACAAACCAAAAAAUAGCUCCGUAUGUAGACCUAGCGCUUGCGUUGGCGCGGGGCUUGAACUUGUAACUCCAGGGCUCUAACCAGCCUCUUACCCAGGCCAGUUCGCGCUAUCCGAGUUACCAGAGGAGGCUUGUAACCGAGCGCGAUAGCGGGAGGCGUCCUCGGCGAAUUUUCCCGACAAGCUUGACAGUUGACGUCAUAUCCGAAAUCGCCAAGGACGACUGGGAACGAGGCUGGGCUCUAACCUCUCUGCCACGGUUCCUCCGAAUGUAGGACUAACGUACUUCUGCACUUAGAGUUUGGUUAAUUGAAAGCUGCUAUAAGAAAAUGUUUUAAGUUUACUCAUAUUUUAGGUCCAAAGAAAAUUACGCAAGUUGAUGUCCAAAACAAACCUAUCACUUUGGAAACAGCAAUGGUAGGUGCAAUCUUAUGGCCUUGAAAUUUACAUGUAACUAGCGAAAACGUCUUGUGAUUCUUUCUGUAUGUUAUUGUAUUCUUUUUCUUCUUGUAAUAUGUUGAACUUUACAUCACCUAUGCGUAAUGUUUUAUUCCCCUAGAUUAGCUUAAUAGCUAUUUGCGGGCUAUACAACACUGUAAAACUUUAUCUUUUUUAAUAACUGAACUGUUGUCGUUUUAACAUUGCUGUUGCUAUGCAUAGAAAAGGCCGUUUCAUCCUUUUUGUAAUUACCAUUUGAAGUCAAUCUUAUCAAGACAAGGACUUUGUUGUAAUGCUUUCCCCUUAGCCUAUUACAGGCUACGCCCCCCAAGUCAUUAUCGUCGCAAGCGACUCCUAAAAGAGAACGCCUGAUCAUGCUGACUCACUUGAUUUAGGCAAUAUCCUGAGUAUCUAGUCGCCUAUUUACUGAUGCAUGUGUUGAUCACAUUAGGGCUUGAAGAAUCUUAUAUUUGGAAAUGCCAAGUCGAGCUUUACACCAGAAUGGAGAAAUCAAAGCUUUUCAUUCUGUGACUUAUAUGCACUGGAAUAUGGAAUUGUACAACUAAAGGUAAGGUCAAAUUAAUGCGAAUAUUUCGCCUGAAUCUCUCGGAUGAAAGGGCAAUUGUUUGAACUAUAGAACGGUGACCAGUGGUCCAAGGUGCGACCGUUGUGGUUGCCAUGGUGAUUAAAAACAAAAGUUGCGAUUAAAAGUGCAGCGAAAGUCGACAGUUGGGUACACACCUGUUUUAGGCGGUAAUGCGGCUAAGCCGUUGCUUUUUCAAUAAGUAAGUUUUUAGUGAGAUAACAUUUGCGUGAAAUAGUUAUCAGUUACGCUCCUUGCGACCAUUAUAUGAUUUUAGGUUGCAAAAAGGCAACUCUGUAGCACUGAAACUCUUCAGAUUUUAAAACAAAUGAAUAAAAUAUUAGUUAAUUAAAGGAACCCUAGAGUGAUCAGCCUUAAAGUUCUCCUUGUAGUAUCUUUGCUUUAUAAAACAUAGUGAUUAGAUUAUAAUAUUAGGGGUUAUCGUUGUUGUUGUUGUUGUUUUUCAGGGUGGACCUUGUGGAGUGCUGGCUGCUGUACAGGCGUUUGUCCUCAAGCAUUUGCUGUUUGGCGGAAAGAAAGGGGACUCUAAAAAGUACAUUGUGUUUCAGAUACAAGAGUACGGUGGCCCAGAAGGGUCACACAUGCAAAUUAAAAAUGUUGCUGCAAAUUAAAAAUAGGACAUGCAAACUAAAAAUAUUACAAACAUGAAACAUGAAUGGGCCGACGGCUGUAAGGCCAGGUCGCACGGCUCGGACCAGAUCCUCAUCACUCCUACUGCGCGCAGGACUUUUCAUUUUUAAUUUGUGUCGAUAUGUUUUCUAUUUUCAAUUUGCAGCACAAUUUUUAGUUUGCAUGUACUAUAAUUUAAUUUGCAGGUAAUAUUUUUAGUUUGCAUGUACAAUUUUUAAUUUGCAGCAACAUUUUUAAUUUGCAUGUGUGACCCUUCUGGCCCACCGUACAAGAGUAUAUGAUGUUUACUCAUUUUUUUCUCUAGGAUAUCUUUAAAUACCAGGAAAAUGUCUAUUGGUUUGAUGAUUUAGUUUAGAUUGUAAAUAAUCAUUUUCAGUUGUCGUCCCUUUUUCUUGCAAUAUUCUGUACCAUUGACGUCAUUUCAAAUGGACUGAGCGCGGCUGCCAAUGGCGCCUUUGUGUGCUGAUGUCCGAGCUUACUGUUCACAUGUUAAAAUAUAUUGUAAGAGGGCACGUCUGUUGUCCUCUCAUCCACGACUCUUCAUUCAUUCGUUUGUUUUAACGGAUAUCGCAAGCAUCUUCCAGAGUUGGUCAACGCUAGCUGGUUAUGAAGAAUAUUAAGGUGUUUCGAUACAGUUUUUCAGAGGCCAUACCGAUAUUUUUCAAUCGCCUUAUAAGUGUUUUUUUCCUCGUCCAAUCGCUAUAAUAAUUGCCUAUGGAUUGAAAUGUGUGAAAAUGUAGUUUUAAGUAAAAUCGAUAUUACUAUGACAACAAUAAACAAAAAACUUUGAAAUUGGUAAAAGCCGAAUUUUGUGUGAUGUAGACCAGCUACUGAAAAUCCAACACUAGGAACUUAAAGUUUGGUGUCUAGCGAACGAUCUCCUUAAGAAGUAGAAAAUUCUGUAUGUUUGAAUUCGACUAAAACGAAAAUAUAUGUCAAACCUUAAAUUUUCAAUAGCCGUGAUAGAUUAUUUAAUAAAAACGUUAUAAAUGAUUCAAAUUAUUCUUAAGUAGCGUCAGAAUGCGCUUAAUAUAGUAUUUUGAUACUAGGAAAUUUUGGCGUAUUUUUGUUCUUGCGAUCUUGAAAACUAAGACGUUUUCUCACCACCUGUCUAAGUGCAACUUCAUUCAAAAUUUGGACUUUUCGUGCUUUUUUGUAUAUCUCUGAAACGACUCGAACGAAUUUUUUUAAAAUCUCCUCUCAUAAUCUUCAUAAUGUAUAUAAUAACGUCUGAAACUUUCAUUAAGAUUGAUUCACUGCAACACCUUGAAAUUUCAAGACAAACCUAUCCCACGAAUCGGUCAAAAAUCUGCGUUACAACAGUCACUGUUUUGACGUUAUGCUAAUUUUUCCAAAGUAAUGCGCACUAUACAUACCUAAAUGACCAGUACAUUUUAGUUUGAAUUUAUCGCAUCUUUCGAAUGUAAAACAUUGAAAAUAGUCACACUGAAAUAUACUAGUCAUGGAUAUAUGUAUACACCGUAUUCACAAAUGGCGGACACGCGGGAAAAAACUGGUGCCUAGUCAUGAAAGCGAGGCGUUGGAGGGUAAACAAAAAUUGCAAAUGAAGACUUUCAGUGAACUUGCAGAGUGUUUAGCACGGAUUCCACCUAAAAUAACUUUGUACGGACUUCUUUUCAAAUACAAUUACGAGGGAUCUCUUCUACUUUUAAUGUUUAGUAUUGAUUUGCUGUUUGCAAUCAAAAGGGACGCGUAUAUCUUCAAGGAAACAGGAUGAUUUUGUAGGUUUCCGAAGCAUCAGAAGCUCGACAAGUACAGUGGACGAUGACUGGAGAAAAGCGGCAAACAUGUUGGCCCAAACUUCACAUUGAAACCGAGUUCGAAAGCCAGCUCACUGCAAUUCGGUAAAACAAAAAUAUAAACAAUGCAAAUCUUGGCGGCAAGAAAAAAAGAAAUAAGCGAUGGAUAUAUGGCCUACUCGUUAACGCAAGAGACGUGUGCUAUUGAACAAAACAGUUCAAAUCGAGAUGGAAAAAAAGGAAGACAGGAAAGAAGCGGUGACUGAGGUUUUGAUGAAGUCAUGUUUUGUGUUUAUUUGCCAGGACGUUAUUCUCUGGUCUUUAUCGAUGAAGGACAUCAAUUAGAACUAUCUUUUUGGUAUAAAUGCAGGAGCGAUCGAGUGGAGUACGCUCAAAAUUUCAACUUGUUACUCGGCAGACUCGGUAAGCCGGCCACAUUUCAUUUCAGCGAGUAAUUUUCCUAUUUCUUAUCUUUGGCUGUUAAGAGUUUUAACUUCAUGUUCCAUAAUAUUUUAAAAGUGAAGAAUACAUAAAUAAAUAAAAUGAUGGUCUUCUUAAACGGAUCCAGACUCGCAUUUAAUGAUUCGAAACAGAAGCUUGCCGUGUUCAGUCCUGACACAAACAUUGCCUUAAAAGUUUAACCUAGUAAAAUGUGAGCUUUAUACCACUUUUUUACCAAGAGCUCUCCGACAUAAUGCCGUAAAGGAGACCAGGCAAAUAGCAAGCCAUAAGAUUCACACACUAGAGCUUCUAGUUUUGAUAAAAUUAUUUUAUUUCGCAAUGACAAAGAAAUCAAAAGAUUUUAAAUUUGCACUGAAUUUGCUAAGCUCUGCCAACGUACCUGUAACAAUUCACUCCAAAGCGACGGAAUUAAUAUCAUGCAAAGGAAGUUGUAACUACAGACAUACAUAGAUAUGUGAAAAAUGACACUGACAUGAAUGAAUGAGUCUCGUGAAUGAAUCUUUCACCCGCUCUCGACUUGACCUGUUUUGAUUAAUGGCGGAGGUCUCUUCCGUUGACAAGUAGGCCAUAUAUCCGUCGCUUAUUUCCUUUUUUCUUGCCACCAAUAUCUGUUUUUACUUCUGUUUUACAGAAUUGCAGUGAGCUGGCUUUCGUGUUCGGUUUCAGCGUGAAGUUUGGCCAACAUGUUUGCCGCUUUUCUCCAGCCAUCACCCACUUGUCGAGCUUCUGAGGCUUCGGCAACCUACAAAAUCAUCCUGUUUUCUUGAAGAUAUACGCGUCCCUUUUGAUUGCAAACAGCAAAUCAGUGCUAAACGUUAAAAGCAGAAGAUGUCCCAAGCCAUUGUAUUUAAAAAGACGUCCAUACAAAGUUAUUUUAGGUGGAAUCCGUGCUAAACACUCUGCAAGUUCACUGGAAGUCUUCAUUUGCAAUUUUUGUUUACCCUCCAACGCCUCGCUUUCAUGACUAGGCACCAGUUUUUUCCCGCGUGUCCGCCAUUUGUGAAUACGGUGUAUUGUCCGCAUUAAUUUCCUUCUCACGGAGGUUAUUUGCUAAACUUCAAACUUUUUUUGCUAGUGUUGAAUUUUCAGUAGCUGGCCUAGAUCGCGCAAAAUUAGGCGUUUAUCAAUUUCAAAGUUUUUUGUUUACUGUUGUCAUAGUAAUAUCGAUUUUACUAAAACCCACAUUUUGACAAAUUUCAAUCUAUAGUCAACCACUGAUGAAAAUUUUAUAGCGAUCAUACAAGGAUAAAAUCACUUUUAAAGUGAUUGAAAAAAAUCAGUAUGGCCUCUGAAAAACUAUAUCGAAACACUUUAAAGAUGAGGGAUUUGAGCCAAUCAGAAACGGAGAAAUUAAAUGGCGAUAAUAAAUUUUUUCCCAUUACCCUUGUCAUUUCCAUUUCUAGUAACAACUUCUGAGAAUAACUCAGCCAUGCCCUUCUUUUUCUGCUGCUCCUGUCCGGACGUGGUGAUUAUGGAAACUAGUUUUUUUUAAUCUUUUAAUAAAUCCUAUUUCAUGGUCAUUUUAGGAAACUUCAGCCUUCUUCACGAGAAAGAACCAAAGCUCUUACAUCAGCUAUUAGUGAAAUAUUAUGGAGGGCUGGUGACAGCAGAGGUGCAGUAGUAGCCUUGUAAGUUACUCUGGAAUUUUGUCUAUGCAUUAUUUAAAAAAACGAGCAGGGGUGUUUUGGCGAGCUUUGAAACACGAGGCCCUGCCGUGAGUGAUGUGUCGUUAUCGAGUGAUUGUCAUCGGGCACUCCACUCUGCUCAAGGUGGCCUCAGCAGAGCCGCACGUUUGGACUGCCAGUGCCGGUAGUCUUCUGGGUCAGCCAUAAUAGGGACUUUAAGAUCCAACGACGCGGACGGCAACGCGAAAGUAGAAAAAUCAAUAGGUUUUAUGAGCAAACAACAACUUUGAACAAGCAGACGAAAUUUUAUCUCUUUCUGAACAUGGUUAUGGUCCCUAGGAAUUCAACUCCAGGAGGGUUCGCCUACAUUCGACAUAGUAAGAGGGUAAUGAUUGCGAUAAAGACUGAAAGAACGCAAAUUCACUUUAAACGACGUUCUGGUUGCCGUCGCGUCGUUGGAUCUUAAAGUCCCUAAUGGUAGCCUGCGUCGCAGACGUAAUCUUAUCGCAGUUAGUAACGUCUGCGAAGCAGCCCCGAGGUUCUUGUUUGACGCCCCAAACGGACUUAAUGAAUCAGUUAUCGGAAGGGCGUUUGGAUUUCCCUUCAACCCGAACAGGCCAAUCACGGCGUGUACUCAAUCCUGGUACACAGCAGGGGCCCAGAAGGCUCUGAAGUCCAACCAACAUUAGUUUGCGAGGCACUAUGGCAGAGAAAGUUGUUCUGCUAAGUAUGAUAUCUUGAACUAGGUAGCGACCUUUCACGAUUUGACUACGAAUACAAAUUUUCGAGUACCAGUGAAACUUUAGAAUUUCGAGCUACUUUUAUCCUCCGAAUUAUAACCCUUUCAUGUUGCUAACCAGAUCGGUGUUUAUAUAUUACGUAAUUAUAUUUGACACACGAAGUUGGUUUGAAAAGUGGUACAUGUGCUUGUACUACAAUCUAAGGGUGCGGCCGUCCCUCAUAGGAAGAACGGCGACGGCAACGACAAACGCCAAAAGUAGAGCCUUUUGGUACGUUAUUUUACCGUUCUCUGUCUAAAGAUGCUUUUUCCUGAAUGUGGCGAACUGUGGAGUGGGUGACCACAAGACGACGAAUGUUUCCUCCUUUUUUUGAUCGUCGAUGCGAUCAAAAGUUGUUUUCGCUGUCGUCGUCGUUGUGAUUGCUUAAGCUCUUCGAAUUACAUCCAUUGAGACCAUCGUAAUCGAAAACAAAACCAAAAUAAAACAUCGAACAAAACAAAUCAAUAACAACAAGCAAGACAUGGCCUUUGGUUUCUCCUUUCAUGGGGUUGUUAGUUUUGCCCUUACAAUCUUUUCUUUUUUAAAAAAUAAAAAUCGGGCAACAUCUUUGCGGAUGGAGCAAUCUCCAAAUCAAGUAACAAAAAUGUUGAAAAGACACCUCAACUCGGUAGCUACAAUAAUUUCGACAACACCGGAAGUUACAUCCCAUUUAGUUAAUUGUAACAAUUUAUUUCAGACCUACUGGUGGUUCUAAUGUUUUUGGUGCUGGGCGAUACAAAUCGGACCAGUUAACAGAAGCGGUAAGUACUGCAAUUUCCCAUAAGAUCACCCGACACCUGCCCCCUGACAGAACGUUUUAAGUCAAGAUGGGACAUUUCACGCCAAAAUGGCUCGAUCGUGACAUUUUUACGGGAAAAUAGGGUGCCUGCACUGUAAACAAUGUCGCACUUGUAUUGAGAAGUCACUUUCCUCUUCGUCAAGGGUGACUUCGUAAUACAUGUUUGGCUUUACCGAAAGAGAUCGGUCUCCGAAAUAGUGUUCGCAUUAAACCUCUUUAACGAAUAUUGUUCAUGGUGGAUGUGAGAUUUGCAGGUAGACUGUUGUUACUAUAAUUGCUGCCAUAAUGCAGUAAUGGUAUUUUGUUCCUACACAUUUGCUCGGGGUAGAUUUUAGCUGUUCAAACAUAAGAUGCAGGGUUCGUACGCGUCUUGAAAACCCUUGAAAACCCUUGAAUUUCAGGAGUCCGAUUUCAAGGCCUUGAAAGUACUUGAAUUUCGUUUUCGGUCCUUGAAAGUCCGUGAGUUUUUAUUGAACAAGAUCUAAAAUGUUCUGCACUAUCUGUAAACCCAAAUUAUAGAUGUUAACACAAACAUUUUUCUUGGUUUUGAGGUAAAAUUGUCAUUAAAAAGGGUCCUUGAAAUUUCUAGUUAGGGUCCUGGAAAGUCCUUAAAAAGUCCUUGAACUUUUGGCCUGAAAAAGUGUACGAAGCCUGAGGAUGGCAAAAGGAAAGAGUGAAGUCUGAAUUCAGGUUUGAAAGCUAAGAAAAAUAGAAAAUUCAGUUAAAUUCUUUUUGUCCACACACUAAUGAUUGCAUACUCAAAAAAGAAUAGAAAAAAUGUUUCUGAGAAAAUGCUUCAUUAAAAAAGAAAAAGAAACCCAGAUAACAAUUUUAACCCCGUGUUUGCUCUAAUCGGCCUUCGAACGCCUGGGCCCUGCAAUGAAAGCGAUUGCUUCUUUGUUAUUAAAUUUGACAAGACAUGUCCAACUCAUGUCCGAAUGCAGUUAAGAUUUCGCCGAACGUGGGCCAAUUUUAGUUGGACUUUGUUCGAUGACCAACUAUUAUUUGCAGCCCUGCACGACUGAUAAAUGGGCCUUGUUUGUUUUCUUACAUCAAGAUGAUGGUAUUUUUCUGUUGCACUCUACUUGCAGUUUUGUAAUUGUGAGUUAAUCACAUCUGCUCACUCACUUUUUUCUGUAAACCGCAGCUUGUGUUAUACACCUUCAAGUCUUCUGAAAGUCUUCUUAGUUUUAUCUCGCAAAAUAUAUCGCAGGUACGUAGAAUUCUUACUAGGUUGCUCUAUCCUUACCUGUUGUGUGUCUGUACAAUUAGCAGUUAGUCAAUGAGUCUGGAUAAGGUGUUUUUUAUUUCUCCUUUUCACGAGGUACCGUUGCUUACCUUUUAACCAUUGUAUCUGUUUUAUGAUGUUUUUUAAAAAGGAUUAUUUUAUCAAGCGUAAAUCAUUGGUGAAACGAUUACUGAAGUCGGUUUACUUAACAGCAAAAGUGAUACUUGAUCUGCCCACCAAUGACUAAUCGCGAUAUUUCCAAGUACUUGAACUUGUCCGAUAAAUGGCUAUUGCCUGAAAACAAGGGCCGAAAGUUAGCGGUCUGUAAUAUGCCCCUUUAUUCUCAACGGAACAAAUCAGAACCGCCUCAAUGAAGAGGAGAAGUCGUUACGUCACGUUGCCAGGGUAGCAAAAUGUCUGGAUCUGAACAAACCGUAGCCAAUGGCACAAAAAAAAAAACGAAAAAGUUAACAUGAAUUCCUUUCCUGUCCAUGAUUGCACUCGGGAACAAAACAGUAGCCCAUACUUUUCUUCCAUCGUUCGACAGUGCAAAUGGCCGUCCUUGUCAAGAAAGAUUGUUAAGAUCCAGAUCAUGAUUUUGCCACCAUGGUAACGUGACGUCACACUUCUCCUCUCCCUAGGGGAGUUUGCUUGCUGAUUGUGGUUCACUUAAACAAACAUUGCCACCGUGACGUCAUGGAAGGUCCUCAUUAGGCUUGUUCAAUCCAGUUAUUCCGACCGUAAUCCUAAACAUGCCCUUCAAUAGAUAGAUUUGUUGGACUGUAUACAGUUACAGUCAACCGAAUGACUAAACGUUGAUAUCGUAAGUCUAAAUGAAAGGUGUUUAGAGCGCGUCUCCAAAUUAAGUGAUGUAUCGUUUUUCAGUGCAACUGGUUUGCCAAAUAUUCGUUGUCCAAUUCCCGUCUCACUUUCAUAAUUUCACCCUGAAUCUCCAUUUCGUUUCCCUCUAAAAUCCCGGAUCCCGACCGUCAAAUAAGCGAAAUCUCGGAUCCCGAAAAGCCUACUGAUGACCCAUCGCUGGAGAGGGGGGGGGGGGUUGACUCCCAUAUGAAAGGGGCGGAGAUGAUGGUCGGAACUUUUGAAUUAAAUCCCUAAAGGAGACCAAUCUGGGCGUGGCCCAACCUUUUUUGACCGGUAAAUAAACUUUGAUAACAUGAAACGCGUAAAUAAAACAAAAAGAGACCUUUACGGCUAAAUAUAACGGCGUUUUGCCCAGAACACCGUAAGUGAGACCGAAAAUUGCACCCCUAAGCGAGACAACGAGCAUUCACGCCCCUUUCAUACGGGAGUUCCCCCCAGGGGACCCUUCAGUUCGUCUUCAACGUCUGGCGCUUGCCGGUAUAAAAUUAAAAUGGCUUUACUAGAGUUUUUAUCACAGGCAUAUUAACAGCUCAUAAGAGCCAAACUUAAUCCUGAAUUAUGUACUUUCCGUAUAACCGCAUUUCAUCUAGAAAUAAAUCCACUUUUAGUCCAUUUUCAGUUUGAGUCUGAUAGUAGCAGUGGAUGUAUUUUGCUGUUGUAUUCUGUGAUAUUGUCCAGGUCAAUACGAAAGUAAGUGAUGCUCUAGUAAAUGAUAUUUAACCCUUCAAGCCCUAAUACCCAAAUACAAAUUCUUCAAACUAAUACUAGAUAUUUCCUCAAAGAAUUAGUUGAGAGAAUGAGAUAUAAAAAAUCAAAGCAUUUUCCUUUCAAUGAUCAUUUCUUUAAUUCUCAUAACCUUUAGUCUUGAUUUUGUAUCGAUAUCGUGAGGAGAAAGUUGAUGUUGGUCACUCUUGGGACUUACAGGGUAAAAUGAAUAAUUAACAAUGUAUGGUUUAGAUGUAGCGUAUCACAUGGUGGUUCUUCGUCUAUUCCUCCUGAUAAGGAUUGUCAUUUAGUGCCGGGGCCAGGCAUUUCCCCCGGCUGUUAUGAGUAUGACACCUGCCCACUUUCUUAGGACACAAAAGGAAUUAGAACCAAAAGAACCUCCCAGCUGUUAAAUCCCCGCCUUCUAAUAAGUGCAUAUGCACAGCACAUUGCUUAUCUUGUGAUUUACGUUGCAUCUCAUGCUGGCAUUUUGAGCUGAUCUUUGCGGAUCAGGUGUUUUAUUCCAAUCUUUGCGGAUUCUGGCUCCCACCCCCUCCCUCCCUUUUUUGGGUUUGUCCGUUGGUAAGUAUGGGGUCAGGUGAAUAUUUUCCACUGAAUUUCCUUCAGUGUGACGGUGCCGGUUGGCGGCUGCAUGCAGGGGUGGUUCCCACUCGCAGGGUUGCCCUGGAUACCUCCUUGCUAUGCCUGAGGCGCUCAGCAGGCUCCCGUCCAACCAUUAAGGCACCAGUUCCCAAGCUCAUCCAUUGGCGAUGAGUUUAACGGCAAAUAGUUGACGAGGGGCAAAGACGUAUCAAUACCAGUAGAAAUCGAGAGUAAGCCUUGGUGUAAUAAUUUCGAGAAAAAUAAUCUGCUAGUAUUAUAUUGCAAAAUUAAUAUACGAGAGCUUCUGGUAAUUUUUAUCAAGUAUUUAGUGGCCUUAAACUUUUCUUGUUGUUGUUGUUUAAGAGUGAUAUCUGAUAUGGAUGAACCUCAAGGCAGACUUAUGGGUGCUCACGGCUACUGCACGCAGGUUAGAUUUUCAAUGCAGUACAUGUAUACUACAAUCUUUUUCAUUUACGGAUAUGGAUCAAUCUGACGACGACGACGACGAGGAUGAUGAUGAUGAUGAUGAUUUCCCCGACGUUAAUCUUAAAUGGAAUGAAUAGUCUUUGUAGGUUGUGCGUUCGCGUGUCUAUUUAUUUUAAUAGAAUGUUCAAUAUUAUAAUUUUUUGUAUGUCUGCUAACACUAUUCUUAGCGCAGUUUUCCCAGGUGCGGUGGUAAGGUGUUCCCUUUGUCACUUGAUGUAUCUUACAAAUGUUUGUUACUUUGUUUGUUUGUCUGUUUCCGUCUUUCUUUCGUUCUUUCUUAGUAGCUGAAAUUUCGUCCAGUUUGAGCUUCUUUUUCAUUAUUUCCUGCAAAAGUCUCAUUCUCAUUCUUGUUAUAUGUAUUGUCCUUUACAGGAACUGGUGAACCUGUUAAUAACUGGAAAGGCUGUGUCAAACACAUUCGAUAACAUCAUGGAAGUUGAUACAGGGGGUUCGAAAAAGGUGUAGUAUUUAAGACGAUGUCAUGAAGGAUAUUUUUCAUCGUGGUUAAUGUGUUUAAAGGGUUCCGUUUGUCGUUUGUCUCAAGAUUGUCACUACUGAUCGCGACUUUUCGACCGCGUACUGCAGGUCCUCGUCAGGCGAUAAAGUUGAUUUACUGAGUGAGACUGUUUGUACCCCCACCCCCAUGGUUGUUAAUGAUUCGUGUUCAGUCGACCCCCGUUUUACGGACAGCUAUGGCUAUGGCUAUGGCUCCCUUAGUGUGUGUAUUCGCGCGAUUCGCCUGUAUCACGCACCUAAGGCGAUUUUUACUGAUACGUGAAAGUUUUUCGUGUCCCUGGAGAAAGGAAGCCCUGACAUUUUCUGUUAAUUCAACCCGUGUAAUACGAACACCCCGUUAAUACGGACACUUACUAUGGCCCCCUCAGAGUUCGUAUUUACUGGGUUUGACUGUGUCACGAACUUAUUAAAGAGGAUUUUCACUAAUGUGUGAAAAAGAAUUACAACGAUUCAAUGUGAUAGGCUAUCUCGAGAAUAUCUGAAGGAAUUCCCCUUAUUCUUUGCGACUGCUGUUGCCUCUUAGUUUUUUUAAACAUUCUGUUUAAUCUUUCGACGUGAACGUCUUAUAGUAAGGUGUUUUGCUUCCCUAUAAAUGCUAACAUUGACCGAUCUUUCUGUGUGUGUUUUUUUUAGAAUGUCUUCAAAGGGAUAGAUAAACAAAGUGACAUCGGGUUUCUGUCCUUAUUUGAACAUUACAAAUCAUGCGAGGUUGGUGAUGACUGGAGAUAUUAGCGAGCUUAAGCAACGACGACGGCAACGGCAACGAGGACGGGAAAAAAGCAAUAGGUUUAGAGUCUGUUUAUAUGGAGGUGGGGGACCCCAGGUAGGGGAGGUAACCCGCUUAUAGGUCGGGUAACUCACCUCUCCAUAUAAUCUCUCAUUUUAAUUUGAUCACGUUUACAUGAUAGGUGGGGUGACCCGCUGCAUGUUACCUCACCUAUCUGGAGUCCCCCACCGCCAUGUAAACAGACCCUUAGAUUGGCAAAACAAUACGCGUUUUUGUGCAUUUCCUUGUCGUCGUCAUACGACUACACCGUGAAGGUGCCUAAUUUCACGUUUUGUCGAGGACGGAAACACGCGACUUUCUUUUCCUGAACUUUGAUACAGUCCUUUAGAAUUCAACCACAAAAAAAUUUGCCAACAUUUAAAUAAUAAUAAUAAUGAGUCCUUAUUUCAUCAAAAGAUAAAACUGCAUAUCUUAUGUUACAAUAAUACGGAAGAUAAAAAACUAUGAUAAAAAUAUCUACGUAUAUUAAAAAAAAGUAUGUGAUUACAAUAAAUUGAGCUUAAAAAUCAUCCUACUUAUACCUUGCGAGCAGAGGCUACAUUUUCGCGGUAAUAGCUGGCGUGCGAAAAGUAGCUACUUUUCGCACGCCAGCUCAUACCGCGAAAAUGUAGCCUCUGCUUGCAGGGUAUCCUAUUUACAAAGGUGUUCAUAAAACGCUCUGUAUUAAUUUUCGGGCGAGCGCAACCUUUUUUCCUGAGAUUAUGUACAUAAGUCUUCUGGACAGGAAUGAUAUCUGUCAGUGGGGGGCAAUCCGUUGAUAUUAAUUUCUUUAAAAUGUUUCGGUCUGGUUUAUUUGAAAGGUUUUUUUUAAAAAAAAAAACUGGAACGAGGUGUUAUAAGCGCGAUAAAAUUUGAGGCAACGCGAAUUCACUUUUGAAGUGACUUUUUCGUAAUCGUUGCCGUCGUUGUUGCUUAAGCUUCCUAUUUCUCUGUGUAGAGAGGAAAGAAGGGGGGCGGGGGUGUGAUGAAAGGGGCCGGGAGGUGCUUACCCACUGUCACCGUCUUUAGGCAGUUUAAGCAGCGACGUUUUUGAGCGACGCAUGUCAACCGGAAGUGAACCUUUUUUCUUGCAAUAUGCCUUGACAGUACCAAAUUUGUUGUAUUGCUAUGUGUCUUUUCUCUUAUGUGUUCAAAAUCACGGCUCAAGAGUGCAAAAAGCAUACUUCCGGUUGACGUGCGUCGCUCAAAAACGUCGCUGGUUAAAGUCCCUUCUAUGUUUCUGCACACCCCCAAGGCUGCUUCCUGUUCCUCCUUUGUACAAAUGUUAAGAGAGUCUUAGUGGAACAGAACUCGUUGUUCUUCUUUAAUACAUUGAGGCAAACCUUAGGGCGGAGCUCCCGUCCAUAAUAGUCGACCUUGGAAAUGAAAAGACUGUUAGACGUUUUCGUAGCCGUCGCCGUCGCCGUCCUUGUUGCUUAUUGCAGGAAUUCAAUCGUCUGGAUAGAGCCAAGCUCUGUAGAUAGGCUGGUUGACUUACGUUGGUUUGUAACGUCCCAAGUAGAAAAUAAAGGCGACUGAAACAAUCCAGAUUAUUAUAUGGAAAUCAGGCUUAAGGUUUAACCCUUUAUGUCCCACGAGUGACCAACAUUAAUUAUCUCCUAACAACAUCAGCAGAUCAUCAAGAGUGAAGGUUAUGAGAAUUAAUAAAGUCAUCACUUAAGUGAAAAUGCUUUGAUCUUAAAUCAUAUUCUCUCAACUUGUUUUUCAAGAAAAUGUAUGGAGAUCAUUUUGGAGAAUUUUUAUGUUGAUAUUGAGGCUUAAGGUUUAACCGGCGUGUAGUUCAAAGGAGCAGUUUUGCUACCCUUCAGAACAGGCGUUAUUUUUCGCGUUUUUCAGGCAUGCGCGAAGCGGGCGUGGAGCACGAGACAGUGUGGCGGUGGAAGGCGCAGAAAUUGUUUCUUUAUUAUUAUUUUUCCGCGCUUUUCCCUGUCGCGCUUGUUUCGCGCUCCACGCCCUCUUAAACGCGAAAAAAAGCUCCCGUCCUGCAUGCUACAGUUGUACUGACAGAAGAAACAAAGAGCAAACUGCGGUGAUAAACAGUCCGGAAUAUCCCUAAAUUUAAGGACAGGGCCAACUGGUCACGCGUAACUUUUCAACCAAUGAGAAGGCGCGCUUGUGUUUAUCAACAAACAAAUCAAAACAUCGCCCCGGUGAUCAAAAAUUUUCAAAACAACGGACGGAGUCGGACAGAAUCAGUCAUCGUUUCGAGGUUCUCAGGCAUAUUUUUAAGACUUUUCAUGAGGCAUACACAAUUUUUUUAAGUGAUCAGCAUAUCUGAAGCCAUAUUGGAAGUGUCUCGUGAAAUAUUCAGCACAUUUUGUGGCUUAUUCUUCUUUUAUCUUUUAAACAACGCGAUGUAUAGGAGAGAUUUUGGUCGGCUUUCAAGGUAGGUGAACAAGUAUCCAUUAUUUUUUCGAUUCACAGAUUUUUUACGAAGUUCUAGAUAUUUUACCUCGAUUGUCAUAUCGAUUAACUUUUAUCAUGUUGAAUGUGGGGGUGGCAGACAACCUAGAAUUUUGGUUGACAAUUUUUUAAUUCCGAGGUCCAAAACACGUACGUUUUCCACUCCCGGGUUUCUCUCAAAAGCCGUGUUAUUACUUUUUUUCGCAUUAGUACGAGCCUUUGCCUUUUUUCUUUUCAAGGCCAAAACAACUUUAUUAGUCUUAUGGAUAUUCACUAAUGUCUUUGCCGAAUUUGCGGGGGUGAAAUUGAAGAUCAUAAGCGUAAGGUAGAUACUAACCACUUUGUUUCUGAAAUUCACUAAUAUGGAAAGAUUUAAUGUUGUUGGAUUCUCCAAAUGUUCAUCCGCCGUUAAAAAACAAUCAAAGAAACAAGGCAAAUCUCAAUUGUAAAUGCUGUAUUUCGCUACUGAUUGAACAUGCACUGAUUAUCCGGGAUCAAAUUAAAACAUUGCAGGUACUACAGCAAGCAAGGAAAGCACCAGAUGCGUGAAGUCAACACAAAACAGACGAAACAGCACAAAAAAACAAAGAAGAAAAAUUAAUAAAUUUGAACUACUUUCUAUUCUUGUUAUGAUGACUGGUUCUUUGAUUCUUGUCCUGUAGAAGUUAAUAGGUAGUAACAAUGCUGUUUUGUAGUCUUUAUACGAUCUCAACAAAUUUUUACACUCUCUCUAAGGCUAUUUUUACAGGGGACGAGUUUGCUUCUAUCAAAAACCUUGCAAGCCAUGCCAGUGAAGCCACGAGCUCUGCGAUCGGUCCGGAAAGAGUUCGAACACCCCAAUGAUUCCUUGCAAUGAUUAAUGCUCUUAUUCUCUUACAUGACAUGUUUUCUUUGAAAUAUUAAAUGUGAAACCUAGACGAGUACUGUAAGCUCAUCUUUAAUUCUGUCCGACUCCGUCCGUUGUUUUGAAAAUUUUUGAUCACUGGGGCGAUGUUUUGAUUUGUUUGUUGAUAAACACAAGCGCGCCAUCUCAUUGGUUAAAAAGUGGCGCGUGACCAGUUGGACCUGUCCUUAAAUUUAGGGAUAUUCCGGACUGAUAAACAUAAGGAAAUACAAACGCAUUUUUGUUUAUCACUGCAGUUUGCUUUUUGUUCUUCUUCAGCUUAGAUGGCCAAAAAACAUGAGUAUCAACGAUGUACUGACAAACUUCAUCAUUUCAUUUGUUACAGGUUGGUGAGAAUUACAAGACUCCCAAUUAUCCUAUUUGGGUGAUAUGCAGCGAGAGUCACUUCAGUGUCUUGUUCUCUAUCGACAGAAACCUCUUGGACGACUGGUAAGCUUAUAGUGACUCGUAAAUGUCCGUGUUUACUCGAGAGACGGAUUAUCCGUUGGAUAAUUCGCGUCAGACAGAUAAAAAUUAAUACGUCUAAAUCUGAAAAUGGAACGGUCUUAAUUUUGGAUGGACAAUCCGCCUGACUUUAUCCAUCUGUAUUUCCGUCAAUUUUGACGGAUUUUCAAGAUGGAUUAUCCGUCUCCAGUGUGAAAACAGCCACUGAUACCAGCCAAUUAACGGCAUUUGAACUUAUCUUUAGCCUGUUUUGCUCUUCCUAAAGACUUGUAUUCUUUGAUGUUGUCACUAAAAGCCAUUUAUGUAGUAAUAAGGAGUUUUAUUCCUUCCGUUUUAUUAAAAACACUGAUGGUGUAAAAGAGAUACUACGUCCUGGUCACUUGUAGUGCUUUACCGAAGGGUUAGAAAAUUACUUCUAUCAGCGAUCAGUUUACAAGCAAAUAAUGAUGGUCUGAGACCAACUGUAUGAAGGAGUGGGAAACUGUCCACCUACCCCUCCCCUAAACCAACGUUAACACUUACUUCUGACUGAGGACAAAAUGUUGCCUUAGGGGAAGGGUAGGUGGGCAGUCUCCCAGAAACGUAUAUUGAUCGGAUCAAAGCGUGCAAACUCAGAGGCAACGUUUUGGUAUUGAGGUUUCUGGGUUACUGACCACCUACCCCUCCCCUAAGUCGACGUUAACUUUUAUUUCUCACUAAGGGCAAAAUUGUUACAUAGGGAAGAGGUAGGUGGUCGAAGCUUUGGGCACCUCCAAGGGAAAUUGGACCCGGAGUACUCUUGUUAGACGCUUAUACUAAGCUUAGCAAGCCAUGGUGCCCACACGACCGAGACUUCUCCCAGUCUCUUUAGUGUGAGAAACCUGGGUGUAAUGCUUUCCUCCCCCGCAUCUCCCCCGCUAGAAAAGGAAACGUCUGCAUGUAGGCUAUGGAAGGGUUACCGCUAGCAGGAUGUCGCCGGGUUCCGUUAAUACACCUGAGUGAGGAGAGACCACGUUAAGGAAUGAACGCGAUGGCAGGGCUUGAACCCCGAACUACGGAUCCGAAGCCAGAGGUCCUUCCAGGCCGGAAGUCCUAGUCAUAAUUGUUGAAACACUCGCGGAUUUGUUCAGUGUUUAUACAAAAAAGUCCAAGCAAUCUCUUGAAACCAACACUGGGACAAGGAGAGCUCAAGGGAAUCAGAGCGUGUAUUCGUGGAAUGACUUGGUUUAUCUUGUUUUUUCAAGAUUAUGAUAAUUUCAAGUGAUAGUCAUUGCAGGAUUAGAUGUGUGUAUAAUGUGCUAUCUAACUGCAAUAUAGUAGUCAGCGUAGGCUAACGAUUGAUUGAUUGAUUGAUUGAUCGAUUGAUAUAUCAACUGAUUGACCAAUUGACUGUUGAUAUACACAGGAGGUUAGAGAAGAAGUUUGACCUUUAUUACUAUGAUGGUCCUGGCACGGCAGGAUGA